AUGUCCCGGACGCAGAGGACCGCGGCGCUCACGGUAACGAAGCUGGUCCUCAAGGACUCGAUGGAGACUCGCAUCCUCGCCCUGCAGAAGAAGCAGGCGGCCGAGGGCUCCGCCUCCGCCGCCGUCGGAGUACCCAGCAGCGACGGGCAGCGACGGGCAAGCCUUAGCAUUCCGCAGAGCGUGGCGGGCAACAUCGCGAGAGACAACGCUAAGGACCUGAAGAUUGGCGAGUAUAAUGCCCUAUUCGGAGUCUCGGAGGGGGCGGGCGACAGCUUUGGUGGCGACAGCAAGCCGCACACCACGAGCUCGAACCCGUAGUACGCAUAGUCGUCCUUUUCUCGCCGUUCCACCACUACGGGGGGGGCGAUGCGCCGACAACCUAGGACUACUGCUGGAGCUGACAUGAUGGUCCCGAGAUGAGCGUUAGCGUGUGCCCAAGAUAAGAAGUACGUUGCCUCGAUAGGAAUCCGCAAACCAAGAGCCCGACGGUAGAGGAAGGCCUGGCGCUGACAUGAUGUUCCCGGGAUGAACGUUAGCGUGUGCCCAAGACGAAGGAAAGUGCCAAGAAAAUUCUUUGCCACUCCAGCGAUGUGAUGACGACGACUCGAGAGGAGGCUAGUUGCUUCUUCGGCGAUGGGUGCUCCUAUCGAAUGAU